GAGCUGGGAACCCAGAGCCAGACCUCUGGAUCAUCCAGCCCCAGGAGUUGGUAUUGGCAACCACUGGAGACACUGUAUCCCUGAACUGCACAGUGCUUGGAGAUGGUCCCUCAGGACCCAAGAGGUGGUUUCGGGGGGCUGGUCUGAGCUGGGAGGCCAUUUACAACUUUGAAGGCAUCUCCCACCCCAACAUGACAGCAGCCCGGGCCUCCAGCAGGGAUUUUAGCAUUCUUCUGCAAGGUGCCUCUGCUGAGCGGGCAGGCACCUACUACUGUGUCAAGUUUCAGAGGAAACUCAACAGACAACACCUGUCCGGACCGGGCACCAGGCUGAGAGUAAAAGCAAACCGCACUUCUCCCCAAGAGACAGAAUUCACCAAUGAACAUGUAGACAGGCUAUUUCCAUCAGACCUCCUGUCUGUGUUCACACUUGUGGUCCUGGGGCUGAAGACAAUGACCUUGGCCGCACUCCUGCUGGCCCUGGCUGCAUACUGGAGGAGGCGUCAGCAAGAAGACAUCAAGACCCCAGGCCCAGCAGGACUGGGCCCCCCUUAG